UCCCAUAAGUUUGGCCGCACUGCUCUAAGUUUUUGACAAUUUCCUCAAGAAAAAAAAAACAAUUUCAAUCAUUUUAUCCUGGAGCAUUGGAGUCUUUGUCCUUAGCAUUUAUUAGUUAUAAACAGCCAAUAGGCCAUGGAAUCCGCUAUUUUCUAUGACUGCAGAAAAUUGCUUGAAAAUUUCGUUCGCAGCGGCGAUAGCUCUUUUGCUUCAUUUUGCAAGGAAUGGAAAACGCUGCAAUUUCAACAUAUUUACUUCGCACAAAUCUCGUAUAUUGAGAUAAUGCAGACGACAUCAGCGAUAAUGUACUACGCAAAGAGUGUACUGCGGAAGAGUGAGAAAGCUGAUAAGAGCAACCACAGCAAAAGCAAAAAACUUGCAGCGGACGGCAAUCAUCAAAAUACAACUGCAAAACACUUUGAUGAAGAACGUUUACGGAGACGAAUCUGUUGCAUAUACUUACUUUAUGCGAUUUAUUUCAAACAGCCAACUGAGCGUUUUAUUAAAAUCGAAACCAACUUAGAAACAUGGCGAGCUAUAAAAAAUUUCAUAGAUUCAUUGCCCGAAACUGCAGAUAUGGACGCUCCUCGCUACGUAUUUUGGCGUUUAUUGCAAGAAAAAGCAUUUCGAUUUACCGCACUUAACUAUUGCGUGGCAUUAGACGAUUUGGUUGACUAUGAUAAACUGGACGACAAAAAAAAUGUUGCAUUUUGCUGUAAGAAUAGUGGUAAGGAACUUGGACAGCAAUUACAAGACAUUCCGGCUACUCAGCGCAUACUCCCAGCGCUGUGCGUACUUGAAGAUGGGUAUAAUGAGAUGAAGGAAAUGUUGGUUAAAUCUAACACAAGUGGCAUGCAUAAACAAUCAUUGCCAUCCACUUCGAUUUUCAAAAGUAUCGAAGAGAGUUUUCAAACUAUGCAUACCAUAAUUAACGAUGAAGAACGCGUACUCAGAAAAAAUAGAUCAGUGCAAGAAGAGAACACAAGGCGUAAUUUAAAGCGUAAAGGCUUUACUCAUGCACACAAAAAGAUUGAGGACGAUGACGGAGCGGCGAACGAAGAAAAAUCAAAUAAAUAUAAAAACCUAAGACGAAUGUCGGCUCGCACAGUUUUUACGGAUGAAUUACCUGACGAUUUGUUGGAAGAUCUGGAAGAACUAGAGUCUUGUGAAAGUUUAAAUGAUCUCACGAUAGACUUAAGUGAACACGACGACGCUGACGGAAGUACAUCAGAUGUUACAACUGUGCAUUUAACAGAAUCGCAGGAAGAAUAUAAAUACCGAUCUGACAAUAUGCCGGAAGUACAUCAAGAAGAAGGGAUUGAACAACAAAUAGAUGAACUAUUAGAAGCCGAAUUAUCAGAAGAUAUUAAAAUGAUUCCUAAAGAAAACUAAUAAAUGUAACUUUUCCUACAAUUGAAGUCGAUACAGUAAGGAAAUUUUCAAAAAAUAUAGAAAGAGGUAGCUGUAAUUUCUGCAUAUUCAA